GUGAUCCUGGAAGGCCCACGGGUAAGCAAAGAUUCGAAUUCGAGAUUGGCAGAGAAACGGACCGUGCGAGCACGAACCAAAGGAAGGUGCCAAGCCGAAGUGUACAAAUCUCAUAGUGGGGAAGUCCGGAUCAAUCCGUCGAAAGAGAAGCCUCUCAGUCUAAAUGGAAGUAGACCAAAGAGUUUCAGAGGAAGAAAUGUGAAAGUAGGGGCUGCUAAGCGCCCAGACCCAGAAUUCAUUGAAAAUGGA